CAACUCGACGCUUGUCCUGUCGCUUAUGUAUGACGUAGGUAGUUUGUACUACGACCAACAACACGUGAAGGUAACAUGGCAAAGAAUAAACAAAAAGGGAAAAAGCAGAAUAAUGUCUUUCAAGUGGCGCACAGGCAUUUGAAGCCCAAGAACAAAGCAAAGCCCGUCACUACAGCCCUCAAACAUAUCAAUGCGGUGAAAAAUGAGAAGGUGGAGAACCUGAAUCGAAUCUUCACAGAAGUCCAGAAGGAUGUUGGCAACAUUUCCAAAUCUGUUACACCUCAACCCAAGGAGCCAGUACAGGUUGGGAGGGAGCCUCCAAAAGAAUGUGUAAAUAUUGACAACGCUGCUCAGCUCUUCUCUCAGCUGUAGUGAACCAUCACGGCGUCAAACAGUGAAGACAAAUGACAAAUGGCAAUCAACCAGUGUGUGUGUG